AUGGCCCAGGGCGGGGUUCUGGCUAUGGGAUCUAAUCAGGCCACUGACAAGUCAAUACAUGGUCUCGAACAACACCCAUCUUCAAGUAGGCUUCUCAUUUCUCUUGGACUUACCGCGGUAAUAGAGCUCAAGUUCGACAUAACCGAAGCUACCAUCUACCAGAUAUACCCGUCGUCUUUCAAAGACAGCGAUGGAGACGGCCUAGGAGACAUUCAAGGCAUCAUUGAGAAGCUAGACUACCUCCAAAAUCUCGGGGUGGACGCUGUAUGGCUUUGCCCAAUCUUUGCAUCCCCCCAAGUCGAUAUGGGGUAUGAUAUUUCGGAUUAUCGAGCCAUACAUCCUCCCUACGGCACCGUUGAAGAUGUCCAGGAGCUCAUCCAAGGUCUCCACAAGCGCGGUAUGCGGUGCAUCUUGGACCUCGUGGUGAACCAUAGCUCCGACCAGCAUGGAUGGUUCAAAAAGUCCAGGGCCUCACGGGAUAACGAGUGGAGAGACUGGUAUAUCUGGCGGAAGCCAAGAUUCGAUGCCUCUGGGAACAGACAGCCCCCGAAUAACUGGGCAGCAGCUUUUGGCGGCAGCGCUUGGACCUACGAUGAGGUCACAGAUGAGUAUUAUCUACAUCUCUUCGCCCCCGAACAGCCAGAUCUCAACUGGGAGAAUCCCGCCGUCGUCCGCGAGGUCCACGAAGUCAUGGAAUUUUGGCUCAAGAAGGGCGUGGACGGGUUCCGCAUGGAUGUAAUCAACUUCAUAUCCAAGGAGCCCGGCCUGCCAGAUGCCGAGAUCACAGACCCUGCCGCUCCGUGGCAGUCAGCGAUCAAAUUAUUCUGCAACGGACCGCGACUACACGAGCACCUUAGGGGCCUGCGACAGCUCCUGGACAGAUACGGAGCUUUCAGCGUCGGAGAGAUGCCAGGCGUCAAAGAAGACGAUCAAGUAGCUAUGGUUGUGGCAUCGGACAGGAAGGAGCUCCAUACUAUUUUCCAAUUCGACAUUUGUGACAUAGAUGUUUCUAACAAGGGAAAGUUCUACAGGAAGGACUGGAAGUUGCCCGAGUUGAAAGGCAUCAUUGAAAAAUGGCAGACCUUUGCCCACAAGGUGGGUGGGUGGAACGCCAUCUUCCUAGAGAAUCACGACCAGGCCCGAUCAGUCUCGCGAUAUACCAAACACAGGCCCGAACACCGUGAGUUGGCCGCCAAGAUGCUGGCAACCUGUCUUUGCACCUUGGGGGGGACUCUCUUCGUCUACCAAGGUCAGGAGCUGGGAAUGGCGAAUUUGCCACCAGCCUGGGGCAUCGAAGAGUACAAAGAUAUUGAGUCUCUGAACUUUCUGCAAGAGGCAUUGAAGGCGACUGGGGGUGAUGAGAAGGCUCUGGAUGAAAUCUGGACAGAAAUCAGAUUGAAAGCUAGGGACCAUGCGCGAUCUCCCGUGCAGUGGGACACGACUAGAAAUGCCGGCUUCACCACAGGUACUCCCUGGAUGAAGGUCAACGAGGAUGUCACCCGGUGCAAUGCCAGGAAUCAGCAGGCUCAGCCCGACAGCGUCCUUAACUACUGGCGACGCGGGAUCUCACUGCGAAAGAAGCUACGGGACGUCCUGGUCUACGGAACUUUUGAGGCGCACGAUGGUGAGAAUGAGGCCAUAAUGAGCUACACCCGCCACUGCGAGACUACCGACGCACAUGCCAUAGUCAUGAUCAACUUCACAGAUGAGGAACAGCGGUGGCAGCUUCCUGUCUCGGAGAGGGCCUUCCUGAGCAGGGUUUAUCAAUUUCCGGGCGUUUGA